CUCCUUGCUGGCAACUCUGUGGUUUCUCUUCCGGGUUUCGCGUACGGCGGCCGCGGAGGGCCAGGCGGCGGUAUGGCGGCGCACCUGAAGAAGCGGGUGUACGAGGAGUUCACCAAGGUGGUCCAGCAGCAGCACGAGGACCUGUCCGCUAAGAAGCUGCGGCUGACCAAGCCCAGCAAGUCAGCGGCGCUCCAUGUCGACCUGUGCAAAGCCACCUCAUCUGCCGAUGCCUUGCAGUACCUGCUCCAGUUUGCCAGGAAGCCUGUGGAAGUGGAGAGUGUGGAAGGGGUUGUCAGGAUCCUGCUGGAGCAUUAUUACAAGGAGAAUGACGCCUCUGUAAGAUUGAAGAUUGCUUCUUUGCUGGGCUUGUUAUCGAAGACUGCAGGAUUUUCCCCAGAUUGCAUUAUGGAUGAUGCCAUUAACACUCUUCAAAAUGAGAAGUCUCACCAAGUCCUUGCUCAGCUGCUGGACACCCUGCUGGUGAUCGGCACGAAGCUCACGGAGAAUCCCGCUGUCAGGAUGAGGCUGGUAGAGGUAGCCUGCAAGCAUCUGACAGAUUCUUCCCAUGGUGUAAGAAAUAAGUGUCUUCAGUUAAUUGGCUGUCUUGGACCAGUGGAAAAAGGCAUUGCAAAAGAAGCUGAAAGCCAGGCUGCUAAAGAUGUCCAGAAGAUAAUAGGAGAUCAUUUUAAUGACCAGGACCCUCGUGUUAGGACAGCAGCUAUAAAAGCCAUGCUGCAGCUUCAUGAAAGAGGAUUAAAAUUACAGCAGGCUAUUUACAGUCAGGCCUGCAAGCUGCUGGCAGAUGAUUAUGAGCAAGUGCGCAGUGCUGCAGUUCAACUAAUUUGGGUCCUCAGUCAACUUUACCCUGAAAGCAUCGUCCCGAUUCCUUCUUCUAAUGAAGAAAUUCGCUUGGUUGACGAUGCAUUUGGAAAAAUUUGUCAUAUGGUGAGCGAUGGUUCCUGGGUUGUUAGAGUACAAGCUGCGAAGUUAUUGGGGUCUAUGCAACAAGUUAGCUCCCAUUUCUUAGAGCAGACCCUUGACAAGAAGCUUAUGUCGGAUCUGAGGAGGAAGCGCACUGCGCAUGAACGAGCCAAAGAACUCUACAGCUCUGGGGAGUUUUCAAGUGGCAGAAAGUGGGGAGAUGAUGCUCCCAAAGAAGAAAUUGAUACAGGUGCUGUAAACUUGAUUGAAUCAGGAGCUUGUGGGGCUUUUGUUCAUGGCCUGGAAGAUGAGAUGUAUGAGGUUCGGAUUGCUGCCGUUGAAGCCCUCUGUAUGUUGGCUCAGUCGUCGCCCUCUUUUGCUGAGAAAUGCCUGGAUUUUUUGGUUGACAUGUUUAACGACGAAAUUGAGGAGGUGAGAUUGCAGUCGAUACACACAAUGAGAAAAAUUUCCAACAACAUCACGCUGCGGGAAGACCAGCUGGAUACUGUGUUAGCUGUCUUGGAGGAUUCUUCAAGGGACAUUCGGGAAGCGCUUCACGAGCUGUUGUGUUGCACCAAUGUCUCAACUAAAGAAGGCAUCCAUCUUGCGCUGGUGGAGCUGCUGAAAAACCUGACUAAGUAUCCCACAGACAGAGAAUCCAUAUGGAAAUGCUUGAAGUUCUUGGGAAGCAGGCAUCCCACCUUGGUGCUUCCGCUAGUCCCAGAGCUGCUGAGCACACAUCCCUUCUUUGACACUCCGGAACCAGACAUGGAUGACCCAGCCUACAUUGCCGUUCUGGUUCUGAUUUUUAAUGCUGCUAAAAGUUGCCCAACAAUGCCUGCCCUGUUCUCUGAUCAUACGUUCAGACAUUACGCCUAUCUUCGGGACAGUCUCUCUCAUCUGGUUCCUCCGUUAAGAUUGCCAGGUAGAAAGCUGGUGUCCUCCCCUGUCUCUCCCAGUAUUACACCACAUGAAGAUCCUUCCCAGCAGUUCUUGCAUCAGAGCCUGGAGAGGGUUUAUAACCUUCAGCACCUCGACCCGCAGGGCAUACAGGAGCUGCUGGAAUUUACCAUCCGGGAUCUUCAGAGGCUUGGAGAACUGCAGUCAGAACUGGCAGGGAUGGCAGAUUUCACUGCAACUUAUCUUCAGUGUCAGCUGCUCCUCAUCAAGGCCUUGCAGGAGAAGCUGUGGAACGUGGCGGCCCCUCUGUACCUGAAACAGAACGCGUUAGCAUCUGCUGCAGCAAAACAGAUCUUGGAAGAAACGUAUAAAAUGGAGUUCAUGUACAGCGGCGUGGAAAAUAGACAAGUGGUCAUUAUCCACCACAUGAGACUGCAGGCGAAGGCGUUACAGCUUAUAGUGACUGCGCGUACCACUAGAGGAGUGGAACCCCUUUUUGGGAUGUGUGAAAAAUUCCUACAGGAAGUGGAUUCCUUUCAGAGAUGUUUCAUCUCUGAGCUCCCACACAUGCAAGGCAGUUUUGUAGACAAAUUGCUGGACUUAAUGCCCAGACUCGUGACAUCGAAGCCUUCGGAAGUCGUCAAGAUUCUUCAGACAACGCUGCGACAAAGUACCUUCCUCCAUCUUCCUCUUCCAGAGCAGCUCCAUAGAGCUACUGCCAAUAUCAUUGAGCCUACCGGUGAAUCUGAUAAUCCUCUGAGGUUUACAUCGGGGCUGGUGGUGGCACUGGAUGUUGAUGCAACUCUGGAACAUGUGCAGGAUCCCCAGGGAACCGUGAAAGUUCAGGUAUUGUAUCCAGAUGGACAAGCACAGCUAAUCCAUCCUAAACCAGCUGACUUUCGAAAUCCUGGUCCUGGAAGGCACAGGCUGAUAACUCAGGUUUACCUCUCACACACAGCAUGGACAGAGCCGUGUCAGAUCGAAGUGCGGUUGCUGCUGGCCUACAAUUCCAACAGGAGCAAGGCAUCUGCUAAAAUUCCUAAACCUACCUGGAGCGAGAGCUUGGAGGCUCUCCCGCAAUCUGAAAACGGCAUAGAGGGGACCAUACCCUUCAGCAAACCUGUCAAAGUUUAUAUAAUGCCCAAACCUGCCAGACGGUGAAGUCUAUCGCUAAAAGAAAUAUAUUUAAGGGAUUGUUGGGUUACAUGAAAACAACGUACUGUGUUCCAAGACAACGAACCAACCAGAACAGUUUUAUAGUUGCGUAAAACAAAGUCAACCGUAGAAAUAAAGCUGCUGAAGAAAAUGGUUCUCCUCUGUUGAGAAGCAGAUAGACCAAUACAGGAGUUAUUCAACUAGUUUCAGGAAAACGCAGGUGUUUCCAUAUUGAGUCAACAAAGUCAAGACAGUUCUCAGUCAGCAUUCCAGUAGUAUUUCAUGGGGCAGCAUCUUUAGUUUUCACUUAUCUAAAGUUUCUCUACAAGGCCUCUAGGUUUUCUGCUGUGUAUUUGCUAAGGUAUUUACUAUGUAAAUGCUUAGGCACAUAAAUCGAUGUUAUUUUUACAGUACUCUGAAAUGAAGCCAAGGAGUUCAGGGGGGUUGUGUGGGAUUUUUUUUGGGGGGGGGUUCAUUUGGUGUUUAUUUUUUUUUAAUGUCUAAAACUUAGAGUUUGUGCAUUGGUACCAAAAUUGUUAGUUUAAAAAAAAUUUUUGAAGCGCAAUUGUUCUUUUGUAGGAACUGUAUCUCAAAGUGAAAUUGUCAAUUGCUGUAGGCUAAAUCCCGAGCUAUUUUACUGCCUGUACAGCUGUACUGAAGCUAGUCUGGUUUUGGGGAGGGCUCGGCUUGUUCGCAUUGCGGUGCAAGCAGCAGAACUCCAGUGAGCGGGACAUGGAGUUUAACUGAGUUAUAGCCGCAAAACAAUGUUACUAUUUUUCGGUUGUUUACAUGAAAUGGAGUCAAACAUUCGUCUCUGAAUUGUAAUACAAGCCACUUGCACAUUUGUACGCCUUCGGGAACAAUGCAAUUAAAUACCUUGGGUUGAAAAAGUACUGACCCCGUCCCAGCAAGUUUUACAGAAUCGGUUUCUGCGUGGUGAACUUGGCCUGAACCAAUCUUACUGAGACGAGAAGAUCUGUUCCGCUUUUCAAUCCAGCAGCAGUUUUGGCAGUCAAUGUCUUUCUGAUGGGGCGAAGUAGCCAAACACGCUCCCAGUUAAGCAGCAGUCAGGCAGCGCCUCGGUGUUCCCCGGAGCGGGUGAGCUGGGAGUACAGAGGGACGGGAGCUUACCAAAAACACGAUCCUGCUGGUCGUCCUGCUGGGAAGCGUACCUGUGCCUCGCUGCCUUGUGCAAGGCUUCAGCAGACCGAGGAGCCUCCUUUGAUUUGUAGCGAUCCCUUGGUAGGAUUUUCGAGGAGCACUUAAUGUGUGAAACUUAAUAGUGCAGCAGCCAAAUAUUACCUGUGUUCGUAAAUUUUUAAUAUUUUUUUUUUAAAAAAAGUAAAUCAGUAAAAAAAAUUCCAUGUCAAAUGCUGGUUCCUUAACACUGUAUUCUUUCCAAGAUUGACAUUUACCUUUGAUUUCCCUGCAGACUAGUAAACAUGGAAUCAUGGAAUGGUUUGGGUUGGAUGGGACCUUUAGGGGCCACCUAGUCCAACCCCUCCCCUGCAGUGAGCAGGGACAGCUUCAACUCGAUCAGGUCGCUCAGAGCCCCGCCCAGCCUCACCUGGGAUGUUUCCUCUCUGGGCAACCUGGGCCAGGGUUUCACCACCCUCAGUUAUAUCUGCUUUGCAUCUCCCCUCUUUCCAUUUAAAGCCAUGGCCCCUCGUCCUGCCACUGCAGGCCCUGGUAAAACAUCCCUAACAAAUACAUGACAUUGUAGCGGGCCAUGCUGUACCACACGCCACCGCUCGUUGGCUGCUAUUCUGCACCCUUUCCCUUAGUACUGAACGCGUGUUUGCUUUUGUUUCACUAUUGUUUUGGUUGUGGUUUGGUGUUUGUUUGUUUGUUUUUCUUAACUGCUUACCUUGAUCUCCGAUUUAUUUUAACUUGCUUUCUCUUAAAUGCAUUCUCACCCCAUGUUCCAACAUACAGGAAAACAGAAAGGAAAUUUGUAUAGAAGUAUUCCAAGAUUUUCUUGUAGUUGUUUAGAUGUUGACCUUUUGCUGCCACCCCCAGAUUUGAGACAUUUAAGCUUUUCUGCUCUCAAAAAUACAGGAGUUCAUGUUCUCUGUGGUGCUCCAGGACUUGCCAUCACAGGAGCAUCUCUACCCCUUCACCAGUUGCCCUUUAAUUUUGGCAAAGCGUCGGACUUCGACGCUGCAAUAGCCUAAAUGAUCUUAGACUGAGAAGAAAAGCAAAGGGCUGUACUCACGCAGACAGAUAAUUUGUCUUUCAUCUCUGUUCAAGAGGGAACAGAGGCCUUCAGCUGACGAUCACCCAAGGGGGGGAGAUCCUGGUCUCUCAGGCAGUUGCAAGUGUUGGAAGAUGGCACCAGUUCAGAGCUGCAGCCGCAGGGAGACUGAGCAAUCUAGAAGCAAGGGCAAAUAAUUUGCUAAAAACUAACAGCACUCAGCCACCCCUCACCUCCACAUUUCACCUCCUAGUUCGACAUAAGGGAAGAGGGUCAAGAAUCUGGCAGAGAGAGGAAAAGGCUGAACUCAGGUGAAAGGGGUGUACCUUGGCAUUUUGAAAAUGCGCUGUCAUGUUUACCGUUAGCUCCUCAGAUUUAAUUAUACAUGGUGCAUGCAUUGGGGGGGGCCUAGCUCUGAAUGCUAUUAAUGUGAAACUCAUAAUGAGCUUGCUGGAGUCCACUGAAAUUCAUUAGGCCAAUUCUUAGACCUCUUAAAGUAAAUAAUGCAAUUAGCAAGUCAAGAAUGCUUAAAACAAGGCCUAGUUGGAAAGCAAGGUAUUUGGAACAAAGUUGAAGUUAUGAGAUAUUAACUCUUAUUUUUAAAAGUACAGGAAACCUAAGCGGGCGGGUACAGUCACCGCAAAGAGUACAAAGAAGGGUCCAUGGAAGACGACAGAAUGGGGCACAUGUUUAAAUCAUAUGACAUCAUCAUGGGUUCCAGCUCAUGGAGACGGGUUUCCUCUGGAUUCCAGUCUUCCUUAUCUGGGUUCUCAAAUCUUUUGACCAAGUCAGAGGUACAAGCACUAUAUUCAUCUUACUGCACUCGCAUCAUCCAGUUUAUCCUCAGUAGCAGGCACCAGGAAUGCGGUAGCGGGCUCUCUUUUUACUUCACAAUUCGCUAAUGAAAUAUUAGCGGGACUUCAAAAUCAAGCUGGGCUUUGCACAAAUGCUGCCCGAUGUCCCUUAAAAAUGCCGGUGGUGUUGCGUUCGGUGCAUCUGUGAGCCUUUUUAUGGCCUGGUUCUCCUGGCUGCCAGCUCGUGCGUGCUGCUUCACAAAGAUAAGGGCCGGGGACCGACCCGCUCGCUCAGCGGAGCAGCUGGGGUGGAAUCUUCCUGGCGCCCAGCCCAGCCGCGGCUCUGCUUUAAUGACAGCAUCGGGGUGGGAGUUCUCUGCCUACUGGGAGAUCGUUUUCCUGGUGGGAGGCAGAGAAGCGGUGUAUGUGAGAAAUCCUGCCCUAUAAAAGCACAUUCCCAUGAUUUGGGCGAUAAGCCCAUAAUUUUAACAAAUUAUUUAUGGCUCUAGCUGAAAGCAGCGAUUUAAUAAAGAUACUGUUUUGAGCUCUGUUUGAAUUUUCUGAUGAAUCAGUCCCAGCUGUUUCCACCAUGUAGCAAAGCAAUUUCAGACACCAAGAAGGAAAUUGGGCUUUCAGUGACUGGAGCAGCCCAAGUGGAGCAGAGGCUUUUUGUGGGAGCUGACAAAGCCGACCGAGGAAGCCGUUGCGAGAGCAGUCACGCAAGAUAAGGAGGGAAAAGACGCGCAGUCAAUUAUCUCCUUGUUGACACCAAAAUUUUGUACUGAUGGUAGCAAAACUUUGCAGUUUACCUUUAAAAAGGGAAAUCUGUUUCUCUGGACACUGCGGCUCCCCGUUUUAGAAGUGGAAUCUUCUGUAUCCUACCGGUUGCCAAAUGAAAGGAACAAUUAAGAGGCUGCAGCACAAAGCCGGGUAGGGCGCACCUCUGCAGGUCACCUGGCGAUGCUGAGCGGGCUGCGCCCCUCUCGUGCUUUUUGGGAGGAUGAAACACGUAGCAACAGAGCAAGGAGCCCACGUGUUCUUCUCAAAUGCAGGACCUGGGCUGAGCAGUUUUGUUGAACGUGGCUUCAUCGUUCAUGUGCCACACUAAUAUGAAAAUAUAUAAAAAAGGG